UUUCAACUUUUAUUGCAGCGCCUGAUCAACUUUCUAGCAGAAGAACGAUCAUGGAGGUGGUGCCAGCUGAGGUGAAUAGCUUGCUUCCAGAGGAGAUAAUGGACACUGGUAUAACUUUAGUGGAUGAUGAUAGUAUUGAGGCUGUUAUUGUUUCAUCCCCAAUUCCUAUGGAAACAGAACUGGAAGAAAUUGUCAACAUAAAUUCUACUGGUGACUCUACAGCCACGCCCAUUUCCACGGAACCAAUCACAGUGUACAGUAACCACACUAACCAAGUUGCAGUGAAUACCACAAUUACUAAAGCAGAUUCUAAUACCACAGUGAAACCAGCUUUUCCAAGUGGCCUUCAAAAACUUGGUGCUCAGACUCCUGUGACUAUAUCAGCCAAUCAGAUUAUUUUAAACAAAGUAUCACAGACAUCUGAUCUUAAGCUUGGCAAUCAGACCCUUAAACCAGAUGGACAGAAGUUAAUUUUAACAACUUUGGGCAAGUCUGGUUCACCAAUUGUUUUAGCACUACCCCAUAGCCAACUACCCCAGGCUCAGAAAGUUACAACUCAGGCCCAGUCAGGAGAUGCUAAGUUACCACCGCAGCAAAUUAAAGUAGUUACCAUUGGAGGGAGGCCAGAGGUGAAACCUGUCAUUGGUGUCUCAGCAUUGACCCCAGGAAGUCAACUGAUAAAUACUGCAACUCAGCCCUCUGUGUUACAGACCCAACAGUUAAAAACAGUACAGAUUGCUAAGAAGCCUCGAACGCCAACCUCUGGUCCAGUAAUCACGAAGCUGAUCUUUGCAAAACCAAUUAAUAGUAAAGCAGUUACAGGACAGACAACCCAAGUAUCACCACCAGUCAUUGCAGGUAGGGUUCUUUCACAGUCUACUCCUGGAACUCCAUCGAAGACUAUAACCAUAACUGAAAGUGGUGUUAUUGGUUCAACCUUAAAUUCUACAACACAGACACCAAAUAAAAUAGCCAUCUCACCUUUGAAAUCACCAAAUAAGGCAGUGAAAUCAGCUGUGCAGACCAUCACUGUUGGAGGAGUGAGCACAUCACAGUUUAAGACCAUUAUUCCUCUGGCAACUGCUCCCAAUGUCCAGCAGAUUCAAGUGCCUGGAAGCAAGUUUCAUUAUGUCCGACUUGUUACUGCCACCACAGCCAGUAGCUCAACCCAGCCAGUUAGUCAGAAUCCCAGUACAAACACUCAGCCUCUUCAGCAAGCAAAGCCAGUGGUGGUUAACACAACCCCAGUGCGGAUGUCAGUCCCGAUCGUCCCAGCGCAGGCUGUCAAGCAGGUUGUUCCCAAACCAAUCAAUCCAGCUUCACAGAUAGUAACUACCAGCCAGCCACAGCAGCGGCUUAUCAUGCCUGCCACACCACUGCCACAGAUCCAGCCCAACCUCACUAACCUGCCACCCGGCACUGUGCUGGCACCAGCUCCAGGAACAGGGAAUGUGGGUUACGCAGUGCUUCCCGCUCAGUACGUUACUCAGCUACAGCAGUCUUCAUAUGUGUCGAUAGCAAGCAACUCCAACUUCACUGGGACAUCCGGUAUCCAGACCCAGGCAAGGCUUCCAUUCAAUGGCAUAAUCUCAUCAGAGUCUGCGAGUAGACCCAGAAAGCCCUGUAAUUGUACAAAAUCUCUGUGCUUGAAAUUAUAUUGUGAUUGCUUUGCAAAUGGCGAAUUUUGCAACAACUGUAAUUGUACUAAUUGUUACAACAAUUUGGAACAUGAAAAUGAAAGGCAAAAAGCAAUAAAGGCAUGCCUUGACAGAAAUCCGGAAGCUUUUAAGCCUAAAAUAGGGAAAGGAAAGGAGGGAGAAUCAGAUCGACGUCACAGCAAAGGAUGUAAUUGCAAACGAUCAGGAUGUCUUAAAAACUACUGUGAAUGCUAUGAGGCAAAAAUAAUGUGUUCCUCAAUAUGCAAAUGCAUUGGCUGUAAAAAUUUUGAAGAAAGCCCGGAAAGAAAGACGUUGAUGCACUUAGCAGAUGCAGCUGAAGUAAGGGUGCAGCAGCAGACGGCGGCAAAGACUAAGUUAUCCUCACAGAUUUCAGACUUGCUCACCAGGCCGACACCAGCUUUGAACAGUGGAGGAGGAAAAUUGCCAUUUACAUUUGUAACUAAGGAAGUAGCUGAAGCCACAUGUAAUUGCCUUCUCGCCCAGGCAGAGCAGGCAGACAAGAAGGGAAAAUCAAAGGCAGCAGCCGAACGGAUGAUACUUGAGGAAUUCGGACGAUGUUUGAUGAGCGUCAUCAACUCGGCAGGAAAAGCAAAAAGUGACCCUUGUGCCAUGAAUUGUUAACUCUUGCACAAGGCUGAGAAGUGGAACUGUGCAGAAAAUCGAAGGUGCAGGGACACUUGAUUUUCUGGAAGAUAGCUUAACAAUUACUGUAUUUUAAUUCAGUCCUUGUUUUAAGAGACCUGAAAUUAUAAUAUUGAAAGAGAAGAAAUUUUAAAUGAGGAAAUUGGUACAUUUUAAAUCUCAGUUAAAUCUGCUUAUGCCCCUUCUAAAUUGAAUUUUUAUUGUAUUAUAUAGAUUUUUAAUUUGCUUGUGUUUCUUAAGAAAGAUGUUCUAUCCUUCUGACUCUAUUGACAAAGAACAUUUAUAAAUUACGAUCAUUUGUAAUGGAUGGCGUUGUAUGACUUUGUUCAGCAGAGAAGCCAAAGCAGCACUGGUGUUUGCCCGGUGGUUCUUUGGUACUAGAUCUAAGCAAAUACGAUAGAAUGUCUACAUAAACAAAUGCUUAGGAAACAUAUUCAAAUGACAUUUUGUGUUUAGAAAAGCACUUAAGAAAAACAGCUUUUUAGGGCGGAUUCUGGAAUAAUAUCCUGGGAAUGUCAGAAAGGGAACAAAGCCCCAAGCACACUCUUAAAAUAAAAAAGUUGUUUCUAAAAUAAGGAAUGGGCAAGAGAUGAUCUGGGAUGUCUCCAUUUUCUUUUCCAGAGGUGGUAUGUAUUUGAAAUGAUAAUAGUCAAAGUGACAGUUAUUGGGUACUGUUAAAAUGAGAAGUGCAUAAGAAUAGAUGUAAACGUAUUAUUAUGUCAUGAUAAUAUAGAACCGUACAUAAUUAUCAAGUGCAAAAUUGGGCUUGGAUGGAGAAGUUAAGAAUACCAGAGUGGAUUAAUUUGGGGGAUUUCUCAUCUAUAUAGUUACCUAUGGACUUUUGAAUUAGACAAGGUUUCGAACCAAUAUGUGACCUUAUUUACUGAAAUGGACCUCCUAACAAGCUUUCAAAAUUGUAGUGGGAUUUCUUUUUAUAAGGGAAGUUUACUAUGGCAUUAUUUUUAGCCAUUGAUUUGGUAGGCUAAAGGUAUGUGUGUUUUCAUAUAAUUACUAAAAUAACUUAAAUCAUUUCAGUCAUUCAAAAUUCAAAAACUCAAUGAAUUUAAGAGCCUAUUGUAAUAAGACUCUUGAUUUUAUGAUAAGAAAAAAACCAUGUUGGAAUUCAGGCAGUUUGUUAGGUACCUUAAUCCUGAGUAAUCAUUAGUAUAUAAUUAUUACAUUUCCUACGAGGACUCUAUAGUAUGUAUGUAUUAAAUAUGUAUAUAUGUUCAUAUGAACAUGCAAGAUAUAGGAACCUAGAAAUUAAGUAAUCCAAAAGAGGAUUCCGUUAUUCAUUAAAGUAUCUUCCUAUUAAAAUUUGGAUUUAUAAAAUUACAGUGCAGUAACUUUAAAUGUAGAUAGUGCAUUCUUAGCACCUCAAUCUAGUAUGUUUAAUUAAAAUUUGUAUAAAUGUAAAUUAGUGUAAGAGGAUAAAAUAAUAUCUAAUCAAGUUAUUUUUCAAAAGAUUGCAAUAAGUUUUUGGUCUAAACCUAAACUGUUCAUUUUGUACAUAUUCUGUGUUAAUUCUAAUUGCACCUUUGUGAUGUGUAUUUAUAUACAGUGUGCAGAAAAUGUUUGUGAAUUUUCAAUUACAAUUGUAGAUUAUGUAUGAUGGCAUUGCUUAAGAAUGUUUUGCUUGUACAAAUUUGAAGGUGCAAUCAAAUGCUACUAGUUUUUCUGAUUUUCAAGAAGCUAUCUAAAGUAUUAGGCCUUUUCCUUCUUGUGUAGUACUUACUAAACAACUUUUUGUAUUUAGGUAUUUGCAUCAAAUUGCUGAACAAGAUUAAUAGCCACAUUAAUUCAACAAUUUUAAAAGACUAUUUGGGGAGGGCUGGGUAUAUAAUUUUUUAGCUCUAUUUACAUCCCAAAGUAGAAAGAUUAAAUUUAUAUUUACUAGAGCUAUUCAAAGAAUACACUUUUCUAUAUUGUAAAAACAGGACAGUAAAGUAAAUCAUACAGAAAAUAAACAUUUAUACUAUUCUAUAAAAAAGAAAGUUUGCAUUUAUUCUUUAGUUACACUCCUUUUAACUCUGUAACAUGAAAGAAACCUUUUCAAUUAACCAGAUUUUCAAGUAAAUUUGAUACUUCUGAAAACACACAACUAAAAAAUAUCAUUUUGCCAAUUAUCAACAUAAAUUGUAUUGAAAUGAGAACAUAGAUACGUCUUCUCUCUUUUUUGCACUUUAAGAGUAGAAGCCCAAUCUACUCUUUCCUUUUAAUGUGUGAUGUUCUUAUGACUACCUUUUCUCAGAAGAACUAUUCAUAAAACCCAACUGUAGGUCUUAUCUCUGGACUCUGAGCAACAGAACCGGAAUGUUACAGGCUAAAGCCAUCAGAGCAGUGAUUGGAGGAGGGGAGAGGGACAUACUGCCAUAGCACUCCCAUUUUUUGAUCUUGGACAACUGACUUUUUUGAUC